CCCGCCUGGCGCCGGGUGCGGGGUCCCGUCGGGAACAUGGACGAGGCGCCUCUGCUGGGCGGGAUGUCCAGUCCCGAAGAGGAGAUGGGGCCGGACCUGUUCGGCGCAGAGGGUCGGUUUGUUUCGGAAAACACAGGCCUGAAGGCGCCGGCGGUGGUGAAGGCGGAGGAGGAGGAGGAGUUCCACGUGUUUAAGGACCCCUACCUGAGCCCCGCGGGCCCCAAGGAGCCCCUGCUGCACGCCUUCAACCCGCCGCUGGGCGCGGACUUCGGCAGCAAGGUCAAGGUGGAGCUGCUGGUGGAUGACCACGAGGAGGAGAUCCUGGGCCAGUUCUCGAGUCUCGCCGAGCUCGACCCCCUGGAGGACGCGGUGCUCCCCGCGGCCCCGCCGCCCCCGCCGACUUACAACGUGCACCUGUUGUCCUCCCUGCUGACCCCGCACCGGAGUCCGGCCCUCGUGGAAGUGAAGGAAGAAGGUGGCGCUGUGCCCAGUGAGAGCGUGGAGGAGGCCGCUCUGCAGAACCCUCCGUCCCAGGAGCCCUGCAAGUUCCCGUGCUCACAGGACACCGAGGACGCCCUGGGCGGCUCUCAGAAGGACGGGAACACCAUGGUGCUGUGUCAGCUGAAAGGCGGGACACCAAUGCUGCGCAUAGACAACCCAAGCGCCAGAGAACUGAAAGCACUCCAUUUGGUUCCUCAGUAUCAAGACCAAAACAGUGCUCUGCAGUCAGAUGUCCCUAAACCAGUGACUACUUUAGUAGGAAGAUUUUUGCCAGUGCCAGCAAAAUUAAAUCUCAUUACACAACAACUGGACCACGGAGCCCAGCCGGCCGCAGCCUUGGGGUCUGCUCUGCCCUCGGGACCCGCCCUCCCCGCACCGCCCCGGAUAACGCUGGCUGGGUACUGCGACUGCUUUGCCAGCGGGGACUUCUGCAACAACUGCAGCUGCGAUGCCUGCAGCAGCCACUUACGCCACGGACUCGAGCGCUUCAAGGCCAUUAAGGCCAAAAUCAUGUGCUCCUCUAUCUGCAAAUGCAUUGGCUGCAAACAUUAUGAAGAAAGCCCCGAACAAAAAACGCUCAUGGCCGUGCCAAACUACGUGGAAGCUGGCAGUUUUGAAGGCAGCCAUUACGUGUCAGGACUCCCCAAAUUCAGGAAAGAGAGGCGGUCCUCAUGCAUCUCCUGGGAGGUGGUGGAAGCCGCGUGCGCCUGUCUGCUGGCUCAGGGCGAGGAGGCGGAGAAGGGGCGCUGUUCGGAGGGCCUGGCCCAGCAGAUGGUCCUGGAGGAGUUCGGGAGGUGCCUGUCCCAGAUUCUCCACAUGGAGUUUAAGUCCAAAGGGUUGAAGAUGGAGUAGAGGAGAAGGUGGGAGGAGAGAGGAGCCGUGGGUCUGCGCUCGGGGUUCCGGGGGCCCAUGGAGGAGAAGGCUGCUUUAAGGAACACGAGGCCAGUCUGUGUCCACAGCUGCACCAUCGAGGUGGGCGCUCCCUCUGCACCAGAGGACCCAGGGGGCUUAGUCUGGGAGGGUUUGGCAUCCACAGCCCCUGUCUGAGGAGGGGUGUGACUGACAACAUGGCGGGGCCAGGAGGGAGCGUGGGCUCCCGUGAGCCUAGGACCUCUGCACCCACACCCAGUGCUGGUGGGUGGAUACGGGGCGGGAGAGGGAAGAGUCACCCUAUUGACCUUAUCCCCUUGGGGAGUCUCCUCUGGGGGCUUCUCUGCAUAACAGCCUUCAGAUUUCCCCGAUUCUUAGAAAUAACGUCUCCGCUGGGCAGCUGAGAUCUCUAGAGAGCCCUGAACACCCCAGGAAUCAAGGGCGGGCGUGUCCCAGGGCCCAGGGCUUGCCAGCCCGGCUGAUGCCCGGACACCGAGAGGCAGCGGCGUACAGGCCGCGCUUCCACCCGUAGCAUCUUGAGUUGUGGGACGGAAAUGUAUCAGUUUCUUAGGUGUUUCUAUUUGAUUGUGGAAAAGUGCUAUUGUCCAAUAACUCCUCCACGAUUACUGUUAAGCUAUUGUUGUUGGUAGAGUAUGGUUAAACUGACUAGUUUGCAGAAAGUAGCAGGUAAUAUUAGCUGUUAAGUU